AUGAGCAUAAACAAUUGUUUAUGCUUCGACUCCGUCACUGCCUUGUGGAAAAUCGUUCUGAUCACGGGUGGUGGCUCGGGUAUAGGCUUGGAGAUCUCGAGGCAGUUCGGCAGGCACGGCGCUAGGCUCGCAAUCAUGGGCCGGAGAGAGACGGUGCUGCGAGCAGCAGCAGACGAACUGGCAAAAGAGAGAAUCGAGGCCUUGCCUGUCAUGGGCGAUGUGAGGCGAAAGGAGGACGCACACAGUGUCGUGGCUGCUGCAGUGGAGAGAUACGGCCGCCUAGACGUUCUUAUUAAUGGCGCAGCUGGAAACUUCCUGGCAGCUGCAGAAGACCUCUCUGUGAACGGCUUUCGAACAGUCCUUGACAUAGAUGCUGUGGGUACAUUUAACAUGUGUCUGGCUGCUAGACCGUUCCUGCAAAGGGGGGCGCGUGGUAGAGAGGAGGAGGAGAAUGGUGGAUCCAUUAUAAAUAUCAGCGCUACUCUGCACUACACUGCUGCUUGGUACCAAGUACACGUCAUGGCUGCUAAGGCUGCAGUGGAUGCCACCACCCGGUCCUUAGCUCUGGAAUGGGCCACAGACUACGGCAUCCGAACCAACGCGAUAGCUCCAGGGCCGAUAGGUUCGACGCCAGGCAUGGCAAAGCUGGCGCCGUCAGAGCUGGGCAUAGAUGCGGGGGAGCUGAACCCAAUGCAGAGGAUGGGAGACCCGUGGGACAUAGCCAUGGCUGCCCUCUACCUCACAGCAGACACUGGGAAGUAUGUAAACGGAGCAACCUUGGUGGUGGACGGAGGGGGCUGGCUGUACCGGCCGCGUGUGUUUGACAAGGAGGUCAUCCGGGAGGUGUCUCGUGCCGUGGAGCGCCGAUCCAGACAGGCUGCACAUGGUUCUUUUUCGCAGGGUCAACAUAGGAGCAAGCUUUGA